AACACUCAACACCAUUGAAGGGAAGAAUGCAAGCUGCUCACCAGCUGCAUUAAGCUAGCCAUCAAAACCACGCACAUCAACUACCAUACUUGCAUUAAAGUCUUACAAUGCCAUCUCUUUCCAAACUCAAAACGCAUUGUCAAGUGAAGAAAUUAAACAAAAACAGAACCCCACUUUCUUCUCUUUUCAAAUUAUUUAAAUGUAUGAAGCAGAGGUUUUGAGAAACUGAGCUUUUGUUAUGGGUUCCCAGGACUUGAUGGAGAGUUUACUGAGGGGAAAGUUAUCUAUUCUGCUGCUAUUUUUGUGGGUUUGUGCAGCCACUGGCUCAGUGACAUAUGAUCACAAAGCCAUUCUUGUCAAUGGGCAGAGAAGAAUUUUGAUCUCUGGCUCCAUUCACUAUCCAAGAAGCACACCUCAGAUGUGGCCAGACCUUAUUCAAAAAGCCAAAGAGGGAGGGUUAGAUGUUAUACAAACCUAUGUAUUUUGGAAUGGACAUGAGCCUUCUCCAGGAAAGUACUAUUUCGAGGAUAGGUACGACUUAGUCAAGUUCAUAAAGCUUGUGCAGCAAGCUGGCCUUUAUGUUCAUCUCCGCAUUGGUCCCUACAUUUGUGCUGAGUGGAACUUUGGGGGAUUUCCUGUUUGGCUCAAGUAUGUUCCGGGUAUUGUUUUCAGAACAGACAAUGAGCCUUUUAAGGCAGCAAUGCAAAAUUUUAUUGAGAAGAUUGUCAGCAUGAUGAAGGCAGAGAGAUUGUUUCAGACACAAGGAGGUCCAAUAAUUUUGUCCCAGAUAGAGAACGAGUUUGGACCAAUGGAGACGUCCAUUGGUGCUCCUGCAAUAGCUUACACGAAAUGGGCUGCUCAAAUGGCUGUAGGAUUAAAUACUGGAGUCCCAUGGAUUAUGUGCAAGCAAGAAGAUGCUCCUGAUCCUGUUAUUAACACCUGCAAUGGGUUCUACUGCGAAAAUUUCACCCCAAACAAGAACUACAAACCCAAAAUGUGGACUGAAAACUGGACUGGCUGGUUCACUGAGUUUGGUGGUGCGGUCCCUCGUAGGCCAGCACAAGACUUGGCAUUCUCAGUUGCGAGAUUCGUACAGAAUGGGGGCUCAUUUGUUAACUACUAUAUGUAUCAUGGAGGAACUAACUUUGGCCGAACAUCAAGUGGUCGCUUCAAAGCCACAAGCUAUGACUUUGAUGCCCCAAUUGAUGAAUAUGGACUUCUUAACGAACCAAAAUGGGGGCAUCUGAGAGAUUUACACAAAGCAAUAAAACUAUGUGAACCAGCUUUGUUGUCUGUAGAUCCCACGGUGUCCUGGCCUGGAAAUAACCUUGAGGUACAUGUGUUCAAGGAAAAAUCGGGUGCUUGUGCUGCAUUCCUUGCAAAUUACGACACCAAAUCUUCCGCAACACUUACAUUUGGAAAUGGAAAAUAUGACUUACCACCUUGGUCUAUCAGCAUUCUUCCUGACUGCAAAACUGCAGUUUUCAACACUGCAAGGCUUGGUUCUCAAAGCUCCGAGAUGAAGAUGAUUGCUGUAAACAGUGGAUUUUCCUGGCAGUCAUACAAUGAAGAACCAGCAUCAUCCAGUGUAGAUGAUCAAAUCACAGCAUAUUCACUAUGGGAGCAGAUUAAUGUCACUCGAGAUUCAACAGAUUAUUUGUGGUAUAUGACAGAUGUCAAUAUUAAUCCCAAUGAAGGUUUUAUAAAGACUGGACAAUCCCCUCUUCUUACUGUAAUGUCUGCAGGGCAUGUUUUGCAUGUUUUCAUUAAUAGUCAACAUUCAGGAACUGUGUACGGGGCAUCGAGUUCUCCAAAAUUAACAUUUAGUGACAGGGUUAACCUGAGAGUUGGAAAUAACAAGAUUUCUUUACUUAGUGUUGCUGUGGGUCUCCCGAAUGGUGACCUGCACUUUGAGACAUGGAAUGUUGGCGUGUUAGGCCCGGUCACACUUGAUGGUCUAAAUGAGGGAAUUAGAGACUUGUCGCGGCAGAAAUGGUCCUACAAGAUUGGUCUAAAGGGAGAAACAUUAAACCUUCACACUAUAAGUGGGAGUGCCUCUGUUGAAUGGGUACAAGGAUCAUUAAUAGCUAAAAAUCAACCUUUGACAUGGUACAAGACAACUUUUAACACACCAGCAGGCAAUGAUCCAUGGGCUCUAGAUAUGAGUAGUAUGGGAAAGGGUCAAGUAUGGAUAAAUGGUCAUAGCAUUGGACGCCAUUGGCCUGGAUAUAUAGCAAAUGGUGAAUGUGGGGAAUGUUAUUAUGCUGGAACCUAUACUAAAACAAAAUGCAGGACAAAUUGUGGAGAACCCUCCCAGAGAUGGUACCAUGUUCCUCGGUCGUGGCUGAACCCAAGUGAGAACUAUCUGGUUGUGUUUGAAGAAUUUGGAGGCGAUCCUGCAGGAAUUUCUCUAGUGAAAAGAACAACGGCAAGCGUUUGUGCUGAUAUAUAUGAAACUCUAAUGACUGGACAGAUGCUAGACUCUGGAAAUGUUAAUACCAAAGCUCACUUGUUGUGUCCACCUGGGAAAAAAAUCUCACAUAUCAAAUUUGCAAGCUAUGGAUUGCCACAGGGAAAUUGUGGUAAUUUUCAAGAGGGGAAAUGUCAUGCUCACAAAUCAUAUAAUGCUCCUCAAAGGAGCUGCAUUGGCAAGCAAACUUGCAUGGUAACUGUAGCUCCUGAAGUUUUUGGGGGAGACCCAUGUCCCGGAUUUGCAAAGAAAUUCUCAGUUGAGGCCCUAUGCAGCUAGGAUCAUUUGAUGAAACUAUUUGCCAUAUGAAUGAGGAGAAGAUUGAUUAGGUUCAGUGUAUUAAGUAUUUGAAGUCCUCUAAUGAUGCCACAUCACUUCAGAGAGUAGAUAGAAGAAAUUGGCUGCAAAUGCUGUGGGUGUAUAGUCCACACGUUACAAGGUUUUUAACAAUGAAGCAUUGAGCUCUCAUACACAUUUCUAUAAUAAAGAGAAAUACACAAGAAAAAUGUCAGACUACUACUAUACCAUGAUUCCAAAAUAAAGCAAUUUCUUUCUUUGUGUUAA